CGUUUGCUCCCAUUUUAGCUAUCGAAGUAGUAAUUGUCCUGGAUUCCGGGACAUUUUGGUCCUUCUCGGAACAUGAUCACGCGUUCUAAAACGAAACAGCUGAGCACACCAGCAAAAAGUGCUGGCAAGACGCGCUCGGACUCAGGAGCGUUGGCUGCGGGUGGGGCCGGCCGGUCCUCGAGAUUGGACACCGUUUCGGCCGGUGCCACUGUUAUGCCCGCACCCCACGUUUUCAAAAGCCCCGAGGAGCCCGGAGCGUCGGCUGCGGGUGGGUCCGGUCAGCCCACAAAGUUGGACACCGUUACGACCGGAACCACUGAUACGCCCGCACCCUACGUCUCCAAAGGCCCCGAGGCCCCCGAGACGCCUCGCCAGUGUCGUGUGAAUAGUGCUGAACAGAUUAAUGUUGUUUCUCCUAGUAACAGGUCGCGUGUGUCGUCUUCUCGUUCAUCAGCCACAAUAAAGGCACUGAGGUUGAACGAGGAGGCCCAAUUGGCGCGUCGCAGCCUGGAGCGUGAACAGCAGCUAUUUGAACGUGAGCAGGCGCUACUGCAACUACAACGCGACCAGGAGGUCGCACGCCAGCGGCUUGACUUCGAACGUAAGCUCUUCGAACAAGCUAAGCAAGUGGAAGAGCUCGAAAUAGAGGCAAGACUGGCAACCCAAGAAGUGGAUGGACGAUCCAACACUCAUACGGUCAGUCAAUCUUAUUCACGUACUGCAUCGUGGGUCCGCGACGUCAACCAUAGCGGCCGUCGUCCCGCUGACAACAACGUCGAUGCGGCCCUAAUAAAUAUCCCGCCUACGGGCGCAGACUCUACUACGGUUCACGUUCGCGAGAGAAAGUUAGGUUUAGAACCUAGUUAUAUUCAACAAAAUAAUGUAAACAACCCUAUCAACCCAUAUUUCUCUCAAGAACGAGAUACCACACGUCAAAAUACUAAUAACACAAAUGAUAUGAUUGCGUCACAUCGCAAUCAUGAAAAUUCAGUGGUACAUCAUAAUCCUGAAAAUCAUGAAAUGCAUCGCGAUGUCUACAAAAAACCCGUGACAUUUCAAAUACCAAUAAAUGACAAUUCAAACUUAUUGCAAACCUCUACGAGCAAUAAUAAUAAGGCACUGACAUCAAUGCCGUUGCUUGACAACCCAAAUAACAAACAAUGUCAGUUGCCGUCAAAUCAGCCAGAGCCUUAUUUUUAUUCUCAAAGGUGCUCACAUAAACUACAGCUUACUCCUUUUAGCGAGAAUCUUGUGCGUUUGAGCGGCGCGCUGCGCGGCGCGGCCCUGGAGAGCGUGUCGUCGCUGCUGUACACGGCGGAGCGGCCCGAGCAGGUGCUCGACGUGCUGGAGCAGACGUUCGCGCUCCCUGAAAUGAUCGUGCUACACGAGAUUACUCUCGUGCGGAAUCUCCCAAAGCUAAGCUUUGAUCAAAAAGAUCUUACCAACUUUGCUUGUAGAUUGCGCAAUUGUAUAGCAGUAAUUAGAAACUUAGAUCAGAUAGAGCAUAUUUAUUCAGUAGAGUUGUUUCAUAGUGUGUUAUCCAAACUGACACCGAUAUUGUACAGUCAGUGGAAAGAAUUUGCGUACAAAAAUGACCGAUCUGUGCCUAAAAUUCAAUUACUGUCUGAGUUUCUUGAUAUUGAGGCUAUAAAGCACAAUCGUUACGGUUUAGUACCUGAUUACGCCCGACGACCUGGCACUGUUAUGCCUGAUUUAGGUAGGCGGUCUGGCACAUUUAUGCCAGAGUUAGGUAGGCAAACCGGCACCUUUACUUCAGGUUUAGGUAGGCGAAAUGGUGCCAUUAUUUCAGAGUCAGGUAGGCGACAUGGUACAGUCGGCAACAAUAAUUUUUCACACAAACCUACACGAAGUGAAAACAUUCAUGUGACAUCUGUGCGUAACACCAACAAUGAACUAUGUCGUUACUGUAACAAUAAACAUAAACUUACGGAGUGUGAGGAAUUUAAGUCACUAUCUUUAGAUGACAAAUGGAUUUGGUUGCGUGAAGCAAAGAUAUGUUCUAAGUGUCUGGUAUCUAAAUCACAUCGGUGGAAGUCAUGCAGGAUCGAUCGAUGUGGUGUCGACGGGUGCGAACGUUUUCAUCACCCAUUGCUACAUUCAGCAACGACGCCUCACGUAGUCAAUGCUGCCAGAGAGUCUCCGUCUUCCUCCUGCGAUGUUAUUGAACACAAAAACAUAAAUAAAACUGUUACAAUUUCUAACGUCACUGGAUCACACUCAAACGAUGAAAUGUUAAGUCCAGAAUCUCAAGUGUUUUUAAGAGUCAUUCCGGUUGAAGUAAGCGGUCCUCAUGGAAAAUAUGACACAUAUGCGUUACUUGAUGACGGUUCCAUGUCAACCAUGAUCGACUGGGAGGUGGCACGCCACAUUGGAGCGACUGGCCCCAUGCAGUCAAUCAAGGUUGACGGAGCCUGUGGAAUGUCAGUACACAGGCCCAUCCAACAUGUUAGCUUUUCUAUAAAAGGCCUGAAGCUUUUAUGUGGGUUUCCAGAUGAUAUCAUUCGUGACAGACAGCUUCAUAUAUUUGCAGACGCCAGCGAGGAGGCAUACGCGUGCGUCGCAUAUUGGCGCUUUACAUUAACGAGCGGUUCCGUAAAGCUGUCUCUCAUUGGAGGAAAGGCCCGACUGAGUCCUUUGAAACCUACGUCUAUACCACGACUUGAACUCCAAGCUAGCCUGAUAGCCUCCCGGUUCGCCAAUACGAUAUGCAUCGGUCACGAAAUAAAACCUGAUGAAAUCUACUUUUGGUCUGAUUCGACCACAGUACUCAGUUGGAUCCGUAGUAAUGCAAGGACAUUCAAACCAUUUGUCGCGAACCGUGUGGGCGAAAUCACCGAAAUCACCAAAGUUACCAACUGGAAAUUCGUACCAGGUGGUUUGAAUGUAGCGGAUGACGCGACUAGAUUAAAAGAUCGUGACAUCGAUUUAUCGCGGUGGUUCUCUGGACCGGAUUUCUUAUUACUGCCGUUCAGCGAAUGGCCCAAAGAACCAUCGACACCUGAAACUACAUCCGUCUUGGAAGAGUUAAAACCCUCUAAGACGCAUGUAGGACUCAUCAAUCUGGACAAGCCUUCAUCGGUUGUGCCAGAUCCCUCACGUUUUAGUGAAUGGUUACGCCUGGUUCGUACAACUGCACGUAUAUUUCAGUGCAUCAAUAAGUUUCGUUCCCUUUUGGCACAUGACAAUCCAAAUUCUAAAAACAAAACUAACCCUUCUUCUAAGCUUCCGCCACUGUCCGCCGUAGAGAUGCAGAAGGCCGAAAUUGCCAUUCUUCGACAGACGCAGACCGAUUUGUUCGGCGAAGAAUUUGCCUUGCUUCGAGAAGCUAAGCCCUUGCCCAAGUCGAGCAAAUUGAAUCCUCUCUGCCCGAUUAUUGAUGAAGAUGGCCUUCUCAGACUGGACAGUCGUAUAAAGCGCAUGAAGAACGUUGACUACGCCACUACAUCACCUAUUAUUCUUGAUGGCCGUCACCCAGCUGUUCGUCUACUCAUACGGCACUACCACGUCGAAGCUGCACACGCCUUCAAUGAGCUGGUGAUUAACGAACUUAAACAAAGAUUUUGGAUACUGCGAUGCCGUAGCGAAGUGCGCAUGGUUGCCCGGAAAUGUGCCUACUGUAUAAAGCGUAAAGCAACGCCUCACAUCCCACCAACCGGCGAUAUACCAGAUGUGCGCCUGAAACACCACAAACGCCCGUUCACAAACACCGGGCUAGAUUAUUUUGGCCCCGUCGAAGUGUCAAUCGGCCGUCGACGAGAGAAACGAUGGAUAGCCCUCUUUACCUGCAUGACGACACGAGCAGUGCACCUGGAAAUUGUUGCUAGCCUAUCAUCAGAUUCCGCAAUCAUGAGCAUACGUCGUUUUGCUGCACGUCGAGGACUCCCGAAUAAGAUACUUUCGGACAAUGGGACUUCCUUUGUUGGAGCCAACAGACAACUGUGCGAAUUUUACAGCGACGCCGUGCAAGACUUUGCUGCCAGCAAACGCAUAGAGUGGUGCUUCAUUCCCCCGGCGUCACCAUUCAUGGGUGGUUGUUGGGAGAGACUUGUAAAGACAGUUAAGACAGCACUCCUUGUGACUCUAAAAGAAAGGGCUCCCAGAGAGGAACUACUCCAUACUCUUCUCCUAGAGGUAGAGGCGCUAGUAAACUCGCGGCCAUUAACCUACGUUACUGAGAACAGAGAGUAUGAAAGCCUGACUCCAUCCCAUUUCUUGAUAGGUACCUCUUCACCGCAGCAGCUACCGGCCGUUUUAGACGAUGGUGUAUUUUCAUCGAGGAAGGAGUGGCAAAAAGUUCUACGACUGUCCGAGCACUUUUGGACCAGGUGGCUCAAAGAAUACCUGCCCAGUCUAAAGCCGAGAAGAAACAACGGGAGGCAGUAUCACAAUUUAAAAAUAGACGACGUUGUCCUCGUAGUUGACCCCGACCUGCCUAGAGGUGUUUGGCCUAUAGGCCGUAUAGUGGAAGUGUUCCCGGGCAGAGAUGGGAUUGUCAGAGUGGCUGACGUGGCCACAAAAGGGGGCCUAUUAAGGAGGCCCGCCAGAAAGUUAGCUCGACUGCACGAAGAAGUUGUGUAG